UGCGCGCGUGUUUGUUUGUGUGUGUGUGUGUGUGUGUGUGUGUGUCUCUCUCUUUGAAGCAGCUGGUAGUCACAAGGCAGAUGAGACCGUUCAAAGCUGACUGGUAUCAAAGGGCCUCGCUGGUCUUUGUAGGUGACAUUUUGGGCUUCUAGCCCCCGUUGAUGACUCCGGACCGCUCGCCGUGGGGCCGGACCUCCUCCCCUCGGCCCAGGACAGAGGAGGCAAGGAGACGAGAGGGAGAGGAUGAAAGGAUGGCUUCCUCUCACUUCUUCGUCCCGCGGGUCGCUGCAACAUCUUCACCCCAAAAACCCGUCCACAUGAUGUCUUCACGGGAAGGAACUCAGGACCACCGCUGCCUCCCAGCUGGAGGAGGAGGACGCUCAGGCCAGGCCAUGGCGGACCCCCUGUCGGACAGCAGCCCCCUCAUCAGCGCGGCGGCCUCCGGUAAGCUCCGUCUGGUCCGCCUGCUGGUGGAAGGGGGCGCUCGGGUCAACGGGAGCGACCCGAGAGGAGAGACCCCCCUCCUGGCGGCCUGCAGGGCCCUGAGAGGGGAGCCCGCCGGGCCGGCCCCCCUGAAGCUCCUCACCUACCUGCUGCACAACAAGGCGGAUCCCAACGCGCGGGACCGGGCCGGCCGCACCGCCCUGAUGUACGCCUGCAUGGAGCGGGCCGGAGCCCGGGUGGCGUCCGCCCUGCUCGCCGCGGGAGCCGACCCCAGCGCGGAGGACGACUCCGGGGCCUCGGCGCUGGUGUACGCCAUCAAUGCGCAGCAUCGACCCACGCUGAAGGUGCUGGUGGACGCCUGCCGGGCCGGGGGCCGCGACAUCAUCAUCAUCGCCACGGAGACGGGUGUGAGCGGAGGCCCGGUGACCCGGCACUACCUGAACGUCCCUCCGUGUCCCGCCUCCUCGCCGGUGUCCUGCAUGUCGCCGUCCGACAUCGUCCUCCGGACCGGUUCCCCCGGUUCCCCCGAGGGAGAAAACGUCUUUGACUUCAGAGGAGGAGCGAGCCAACGAGGAGGCGGCAGCGAUCGUCCCCCCCGAGAGCCGAGUCCACCGCCCAGGCAGAGGGUGCUGUCUGAACCCUGGCUGGCCAUCCACAACCUGGCCCGUCUGAACCGGACCUACGAGGAGGGCGUGAGGGAGGAGGCCGACCGAGAGGAGGCGAGGAGGGAGCGAGGAGGAGGGAGGAGAGGAGACGAGGAGACGAGGAGCCAUCGGUCCGGGGUGGAGGAGCGAAGGGAGAUCAGCACCCUCCCUUCCCUCUCGGUGGCUCCUCCUCCGCUCCAGCUGCCGCCCUUAGCCGACCGAUCGCGCUCCGGCCUCCAGGCGACCGCCCAGGUGUCCAAGAGCAGCAGCAUGGUGUUUCUGCCUCACCCGCCCGGCUCCUCUCCUCCCUCCUCUUCGGCCAGAGCGUCCUCCAGGCCGCCGCCGCCGCUCUCCUCCUCCGCGACCUCCCUGUUCGCGGCUCCGGCCUCCUGCUGCAGCGAGAGGGGCCGGAGGUCACGGCGUCGCCACUCGGUGCAGCUGGAGCGGGAGGAGAAAUCAUUCAGGCCGCCGUCGCUCGAUAACGCGGCUCGCUGA